CGGAAUAUUAUGUUAUAUCGUUACAUACGAUCGUAUAGGCUUAUAAGAGUAAUUGAAAGUAUCAUUAAUUUAAAGUGAGAUGAGCGGGCAAAGCAAAGGAAAAGAAAACAAAACAAAACUUGAUUUAUUAAAAAAAAUAAACAAGCGAUUCAUAAAUAUUCAGAUAUCAGUCAAUAUAAAAUUUUUUUUACAAAAAAUUGUUUUGUUUAUCGAAUAUGGGAGUUUGGCGUUUGGUUUACGGAAUAAUAAACAACCUGAUCGUAUGCUUUAACAUGCAAGCAUUAUGCAGCUAUCUAUAGUGGCUAGCUAUUCGUCGAUAUAAACUGGCCAAGCUUUGUGACGGUCAAAAUUUGUGUUGUGUCUCGUGAGUACGAUCAACGGCGGCAACAACAACAACAAUAACAACUAGUAGAGCUUAAAAAAAGCCAGUGCUACCGGUGGCUGACGAGACUCGCAAAGUGUGUAUAAUUUUCAAUAUUGCUUCAAACUGCCACCGAUUCGUGGUCAAUUUAGUUGGCUUGCAGCCAUUAACACGAUCGGUUCGCAGGCAAAUAAAACAAAAACAUUAACUAAAAAUAAAAAAACUCGCUCUAACAUAUGAAAAGUUUUUUUUUGUUUCACAAUUAAACAAAAGCUGGUGUUUUCAACUCGAAAGACGAAGAAAAGUAAAAAAAGCAUAUAAGAAUAAUAAGAAAGCGAAAGUGUUUUUAUUACAAACGAAGAGAAAAGAACGGGAUUUAAAAAAAAAAAAAAAACCCAGACAACUGUUCAGCAGAAUGCCUCCUCAGUCACAUUCACGUGUGCUAUUUUAUAUAUUUUGUGUGGCCUCGUUACUGGCCGUAGCUAACUCCAACUCCGAGAGUGGAAAAUUCGUAGCUUUCAAUGACGUCAGUGCACCUGAGGAGGAUUUAGCUUAUGAAGCCGCCCAACAGUUGGGACAGUUAAUACAUCGCUUAAAUCAACUGAAUUUUGAAGAGCAAUCACGUCAAAUGCAGUUGCCCAACAUAACCAUCAAUAGUUUGCUAAAUCGUAUACCGUGUUCCUGCAACAAAGGCAUUUGCAAAUGCUGUGCAGGCUUAUUGUCUGUAAUCGGAAUGAAUUCUUGUACUGAAGUGGUUUAUCGACCGGAGGAGUUUUCCUUCGAGUUGAAAAUGCGUGUAAACGACAAUGUUUGGUUUCGUCGUAAAAUCUCUGGUCAAAAUCCGCCACCCGUUUGCUUUCGCCCGCCACGCUUCGGUUUUGUUCGUGCCUGUAUGCAGUUUCAUGAUAUCUGGUUUUCCGGCCGCAAUAUGCACGUAUGCAUGCAUAUGUCGGCCGCAUUUCAAGGCUACGAACUGUUUGAAAGAAAUUUCGAUUGUCUAAAGUUUGGCGAUGAAGGCGUUAAAGUAGUUAAAGCCGAAGAAGGAUUCCCGAUACGCCCGGGCGAUGUAGAAAUUGAUGAUUCUUACGAGGAAAUUGAAGAAUAUGAUGAAAAUGUUGUAAGAAAAAAACGAAAAGUCGUAAAGCGGAAGAAUGGAAAACUUUAA